CAGACCAAGUUCAAGGGCAUGAAGAGCUACAUCGCCUACAAGCUGGUACCCAGCCACACCGGGCAGCAAGUGCACCGCCGAUACAAGCACUUCGACUGGCUCUACGGGCGCCUGGCCGAGAAGUUCCCUGUCAUCUCCGUGCCCCACUUGCCGGAGAAGCAGGCCACCGGCCGCUUCGAGGAGGACUUCAUCUCCAAGCGGCGCAAAGGCCUGGCCUGGUGGAUGGACCACAUGUGCAGCCACCCUGUGCUGGCUCAGUGCGAUGCCUUCCAGCACUUCCUCACCUGCCCCAGCACAGAUGAGAAGGCCUGGAAACAAGGCAAGCGCAAGGCUGAGAAGGAUGAGAUGGUGGGUGCCAACUUCUUCCUGACCAUCAGUGUCCCCACGGGCCCUGGCGCCAGUCUGGACUUGCAGGAGGUGGAAAGCCAGGUGGAUGGCUUCAAAGCCUUCACUAAGAAGAUGGACGAGAGCGCCCUGCAGCUUAAUCACACAGCCAACGAGUUCGCCCGCAAACAAGUCACUGGUUUCAAGAAAGAAUACCAGAAGGUGGGGCACUCCUUUAAGUGCCUCAGCCAGGCGUUUGAGCUGGACCAGCAGGCCUUUUCGGCUGGCCUCAACCAAGCCAUAGCCUUCACUGCAGAAGCCUAUGACACCAUUGGGGACCUCUUUGCAGAUCAGCCCCGGCAGGACCUAGAUCCUGUGAUGGAUUUGUUAGCGCUGUAUCAAGGGCAUUUGGCCAACUUUCCAGACAUCAUCCAUGUCCAGAAAG